UUCGUGACCUGUAUUCGCUCCGUGUCGAGAAAUUUGAGGACCCCUUGCUAAAGUAAGAAAGGGUGUUUUAGCGCGGUAUAAGCUGUAGGACAUUCUUCACUUUGUUUGUACACUGUGGACACAGUCGGAGCUAGACCGGAGGCGUGCCCAUGUAAUGAAGCGUUUACUUCCGGCCGCAUUCGAUCAUAGAAGAACGUGGUUUGAGUGGCAGCAGUAAAUUUCUUCUCACGCUGUAAAUACGUGAUCUCACAGUGUUCAAAACGCUUUUUGAUAAAAUGGAUGAAAGGCAACGGGGGUUGAAAUACAUCGAAGGAUAUGUAGAGAGAAAAGAACUUAGCAAGUGGAUAAAUUAUUGGACAGUCAUAAGAGGAACAAAUAUUUAUUUCUUCAAGGAUUCAAAUACUCAAAGCCAGGAAACUUUUGCAGGUCGAAUAGACUUGGGACCAAGGUCAUCUUGCAUAAAGGGAAAGAAGAAAGGAGACAAGUUUUAUUUUGAAGUAAAAUCUGAGAAUUUCUCCAAGCACAUGCUUAGGGUUUCUUCUCAAGCUUUAAGACAGCAGUGGUUAUAUGCAAUAGAGCUUUCAUCCAAGUUGCAGCCGCCGGAGCCUUUCCUUUGUGAUACAGGAUUACAAGGGGCUGUCCCACCAUCACCAUCUUCCUCAUUUGAUUCUUCUUUCUCUGAGAGUGAACUAUCUUCCCCAGGCUUGUCCGGAAGUUUCAGUAAUAUGUUCAAUGACGUAGAUCAGCGGAUUCUGGUAAACCGCACUGCCCAAUUUUCUUUCGACCAGCAUACCAAGAACCCAAGGUUGAGGCGUAGCAGCGCUCCCCCUGGUGCAAUGUAUCCUAUCCAACAACAGAAUACCAAUAGUAGCCCGCAUUCCUCAGUAGUUGAUCAUGGUGCAUUUGCGUCGCCACAGACAAGUCAGGCUAGCCAACCAUCUCCCCAUUGGUAUCUAGGUCAACUAUCAAGAGAUUCAGCCAUCGAUAUUCUCAACAAACAGCCAAUCGGGACGUAUCUUGUGAGAGACAGCGAAACAGCAAAGACCCCAGGGAGCUAUACAUUAUCUCUAAGACAUAGGGACAAAUGCCGGCACCACAAAAUUGAGACACAACCGCAGACGGGUCAUCUGUAUAUCAAAAACUACGAGAAACACCCGUUUCCUAAUUUGGAGCUUCUGGUGCAUUUCUUUGUCAAGACCCAAUCAAAUGACAUCAAGCUAACAGCCUAUGCACCCCCAGUGAAUCAUGAUGGGAUGUAUGAAGUCAUGGACGAACCAGAGGACCCGUCGUCCUCUCUGUUUUCACAUCAAUCCUCACCCAAGCAAAGCUACGAGAACAUGCCAUCCAAAGAACGUGUGACGGACGACUUAUCGCGCAUGAGCAUUCAGCGGCAUCCAACUUCUGGCCAUAUCGAAGACUCGGCUUCGCCGCCUCUGCUACCCAGAAAGCAGAUUGGUGGUGAAAGACCUUCGUAUCAGAACAUGCCACCUAAACACGCAGCCCCACCGCCCCCCCAAACCUCUUCAAGCUACGAGAAUUUACCUUCCAAAGCAAAAGGUACUGCACCUCCCGGUCCACCCCUCCCCCCUCGGGGACAGGGCACCGGGUCAAAAGGCUACGAAAACGUAGUUGCAAAACCUCUCCGCACCCCCCCACACAGCCCUAGAAGCUACGAGAACAUACCCGAAAGAGAGCAUGGCAGCAGUUAUCAGAAUGUCGCGCCAAUAAACAACCCGAUACCCUUACCGGUGCGGGCUCCUAAAAGUGCUGCGACUCCUUACCCUCAGUCGUACCAGAAUAUUCCACCCAAAGCAGGGCCGACACAUGGUUACCAGAACCUCCCCCCCAAAGUGGCUCCGAGGCGUGUCCAGACGUUCCAUUCAGACACCAAACCAGUCGUUAAACAGCGCACUAAACCACCUCUGGUGCGUCGCUCCCUCACUCAGGGCGAGGGCGAAAUGCAGUCAUGGACCGAACAAGGUCAUUAAAACAGGAAGACCACAUACUUCUAGCAUAUAGUUUUUUUUAUUCAGCGAGAAUUGUUUUAUAAUACACACGCAUAAGUAAGAAUAGAAUAAAGCUAGCAUUUCAAUUGUA